GAGGUCGAUCGCGCGUGAAGUCAGAGUGGUUCGAGGCGUCGUGCGGGAAUGUCGUCUGUGGAACUGUCGGAAGACGCUCCGGCCCCGCGCCUUUGUCACCUGAUCAAAUGGGACGACUUCGACGGAUACGGCUUCAAUCUUCACGCCGAAAAGUCUAAAGCCGGACAGUACAUAGGCAAGGUGGACGAGGGCAGCCCGGCCGAAUACGCCGAUUUGAGAGAAGGCGACUGCAUCGUCGAGGUCAACGGGGUCAACAUCGCCAACGAGAACCACAAACAAGUGGUGGAGCGGAUCAAAGCGGUUCCUAACGAAACCAGACUCUUGGUUAUCGACGAGGAGGGCAAGAAGUGGUACAAAGACAGGAAGCUGGUCGUCAAGGGCACGCAACACAACGUCAUCUACAAUAAGACCCCCGUGCCCAGACCUCGCCACAAAGACCUUAAUGGCAACCGAGAAACCCUUAACGGUCACCUCGAUCACGUGACACAGUCCGACUCGUCAAAUAAAGAAAACGAAGAACAUAAUCACAAGGUUGAAGAAAAACGCAUCGAACCUCCACCUAAAGAAUUAGAAGACGAAGUUAAUCGGACGGAAAGUUCCGAAAAUUCAGAAAAAGUCGAGGAUAGGAGUAAGGAAGAGGUGGAAAGUUCACGAAGUUCGACGCCGCAGAGUCUUUCCAAGAGCGAGAAUUUGGCAUCGGGAGGAAGCACGGGUUCGGUUCCCGAUUCGCCGCAGUCGUUCAAGGGUUCGAACCACCAACUGAACGGAUCCAAGGUGACGAACAGCAACGGCGCGGUCGACUUGAAUCUGAACAUGAGCGCCUCGGAGAUGCGCCAAUUGCUGGCAUCCAGAAAGAAGCACGAUCCAAAAAAGAUCCAAAUGGACUUGAGGAAGAAGUACGACAUCAUCCAACAAAUGUGAAAAAAAA